UCUCUACUUGAAACAAGAAGGGCGCGACAGAAGCGUGCCGUGCUUUGCCGGUCGGUCGCUCGCUCGCUCGUAUCUACCUCACAAAUCGCAGUUUUAAAGUUCUAAGUUUUUCCCGGGGCAACUUUAACACGGUGUAACUAUGGACGACAAGUUGGAAGCCGUCAAAACGCACAAGGGCGGCGAGGACCCGCUGCCCAACGGCCCGUCCCGCGGCGCCUCUGAGCCUCUCUCCCAGCGUGUGAAGCGGAUAGUCAUGGCCAACCUCCUGGUGAUUCUGACCGUGGCGGGCGUAAUCAUCGGCGUCUUCAUCGGGCUCGGCGUGCGUAACGCGGAGCUCUCCCGUACCCAAAUCAUCUACAUCGGCUUCCCCGGCGAGCUGCUGAUCCGGCUGCUCAAGAUGAUCAUCAUCCCUUUGGUAGUAUGCAGUCUGGUUUCCGGGGCGGCCAGCAUCGACCCCAAAGCACUGGGCAAGCUGGGCGGCUGGGCGAUGCUCUUCUUCCUGGUAACCACGUUGAUCGCGUCGGCCAUCGGGGUGGUGAUGGCCUUCAUCAUUCAGCCGGGCUCCGUGACUUUGACCAAACCUAAAGUGGCCGGCAUGGAUGACAACUUGCCCGAAGCCAAAGAAGUCAUCGACUCUUUUUUAGAUUUGAUCAGGAACAUCUUUCCCUCCAACUUGGUGUCUGCUGCCUUCCAGUCGUAUGCGACAAGCUACAAGUUGGUUAGAGCAAAUGGAACCCAUAACAUAAUGGUGGAGAAGGUGCCCUUUGGAACUGACCAGGAUGGGAUGAAUAUUUUGGGUCUGGUGGUUUUUGCCAUCGUGUUCGGUGUGGCUUUGAGGAAGUUGGGGGAGGAAGGCGAAAUCUUGAUUAAGUUCUUCAACUCCUUCAAUGAAGCGACCAUGGUGCUGGUCUCCUGGAUCAUGUGGUAUGCACCUUUUGGUAUCAUGUUCCUUGUUGCUGGCAAGAUUGUUGAGAUGGAAGAUGUCGGCACACUCUUUGCCAGCCUGGGAAAGUACAUUGCGUGCUGCGUUGUUGGGCACGCUAUACACGGCUUGUUCGUGCUGCCUGCCAUCUACUUUGCCAUCACAAGGAAGAACCCGUACACCUUCUUGUGGGGAAUUUUUACAGCUCUGGCCACAGCCUUUGGAACAGCCUCCAGCUCUGCCACGCUCCCACUGAUGAUGAAAUGCGUGGAAGAAAAUAACGGCAUUUCCAAACAAAUCAGCCGCUUCAUCCUCCCCAUCGGCGCCACUGUCAACAUGGACGGAGCCGCUUGCUUUCAGUGCGUGGCUGCUGUUUUCAUUGCUCAGCUCAACAACUAUUCCCUCAACUUCAUCCAAGUCAUUACCAUCCUCGUGACCGCCACAGCGUCUAGUGUCGGUGCAGCAGGAAUACCCGCUGGCGGGGUGUUGACUCUCGCUAUCAUCCUGGAGGCAGUCAGUUUGCCCACCAAUGAUAUCUCCCUGAUCCUGGCUGUUGAUUGGCUCGUUGACCGCACAUGCACAGUACUGAACGUGGAGGGCGAUGCGUUUGGAGCAGGACUCCUGCAGUUUUUCGUAGACCGCACGGCCAAACGAGAGGAAGAAGCGCAGGCAAGCGAGGCCAACCCCAUCACGCCUGUCCCUGAGCACUCGCCGCUCAUUGAGAUGAAAGGUAUGGAACACAGGGACAACAAAAAUACACACCGGGAUAAUGACUCUGUCAUGUAACUGAGGCGUGGACGUCGUGAAACACUACCGUGGAAACUCCAAGACAUUACGGCUUCAGUACAACAUUUUAAAAAUGUAAGCUGGUGACAUUUGGACAAUCCAUCUCCCCCAAGUAUGCUCCAUGGGGUUAUGUGAAUGUAAAAGAUCAAUGAUUUUCUAUGAGCUAUGUCCCAAAAAGUAAUUUAUUACAGGUACUUUUGCUACAAUUUACACCUGCUCGUCUUUACUGUCACGUCACUGGCCCUGUGCAAAUAUUUAAUUGACGCUAAAAAAAAA